AUGAUCCGACAGUUGCUUUUUGGAAGCAAGUCUGAAGACGAGCAAAAUACACAAAAAGACGGAACUUCCGCCCAUAUAUAUGAGAAAGAGUUGAAAGAAGAAGAAUUGAAGGAAGAGGAGGCGGAUGAACGUUGGGAUGAAAAAGACGAAGAGUUGAGCGAAGACUACUCAGAGCGAGAGGAGGGCGAUGAAAUCCGUGAUAACGAGCCACGGAAUAGCCCCGAGGGACCUCAGCCUUUGGGGGCUUGGGGCUGUAUAGGCCGCUGUAUAAGACGGUGUCGCUGUCGACGAGACCCUUCAAGAAACGACGAUGGCGGGGACGGCGAUGGCGACGACGGCGACGACCGCAAUGCAAAGUCCGUGAAGCUCGUGACGCUUGUAAGCAGCAGAAACAACAACAACAACAACAACAACAACAAUUCCACCACCCAGCAGCCUGCUGCGCCUACUGGUCGCGUUCCUGUCCCCGCGCUCGUCCCCGCGCCUGUUCCUGCUCCCGCUCCCGAGCCUGUUCCCGCCCCUGCUCCCGCCCCUGCUCCCGCCCCUGCUCCCGCUCCCGCUCCUGUCCCCGCUCCUGUCUCCGCUCAUCGUCCUCUUGCUCCGCCUGCGCGUCCCGCUCCUCGUCCUCCUACCGCGCCUACCGGAAAUGAACCUAGAAGUCAAGGUUCUAGUGGCAUCAAGCGCCCAUCGAGUGAUCCAGAGGGCCCUGAGGGCAAAAGGCAACAGACAAAGCCACCUGGUGAUGAUCCAGAGGAUUAG